UAAUAACUGAAUAGAAAGAUCAGAUUGAGAAGAGAAAAGAAGAAGGAAGAAGAUGAGAAGAACAGGGAAACAUGAAGAAGAAGCAUCAACAGUUUUGGUAGAUGAAAAUAUAAAAAUGGAUAGAGAAAUAGAAAGGUUCCUGAAUAGGCUAUCGUGCGCGGCCAUAGCAAUAGCAUCCCUCACACUCCUCUUCCUCUUCCUUCAAAUCCCUGACACGUGCGUUCCCCCAGACGCACCUUCCAAGCCUCAUCUCCGCUUCCCCAAGUCCACGUGCGACUUCUCCACGCGCACUCACGUCCCCGCCGAGAAGAAGAGCCUCCGCCUCUGGUCCACGCGCGACUGGAACAACAAGGUUAAUUCAUUCUCUCUCCUCUUCCGUCAUCUCUCUCUCCUCCGCAACCACUCCAAGGUCCUCUGCGUCUCCGCCGGCGCCGGCCACGAGGUCGCCGCUCUCUCCUCCCUCGGCGUAGACGACGUCACCGGCGUCGAGCUUCUCGACUCACCACCCCUCGUCAGUCGCGCCGAUCCGCACAACCUUCCCUUCUUCGACGCCGCCUUCGAUCUCGCCUUCACCGCGCGCUUCGACGAGGCUUUGUUCCCGGCGCGUUUUGCUUCCGAGAUGGAGCGCGUGGUCAGGCCUGGCGGCGCGUGCUUUGUUCUCGUCGCGGAGUGUGGAGUUGAUGAGGUGAGAGAGGUCGUCGAUUUGUUUAGGAAUUCGAGGCUUGUUAGUUCUAGCAAUGUUACUGUAGUUGGAAUGAGAAUGACUAGUAUUCUUAUGAGAACUAGAAAAAAUUCAACAUGAUUGAUUGUACCUUAGAUCUUCAAUUUUGUUUCUAUUUAUUAUUUUUUAUGUAUGUAAAUUUGUUUUUUUGAUUUCUUGUAUAGAUUUUGUGCACAUUUUUGUUGCCUUUUGGUUUUGUUCACUGCAGCAUCAUCUGAUUCCAAUGUCUGUUUUGUUUCACUUGAAAGUGUUAGAAAAGUUUUGCUAUGUGAAUGAGUGUUGUAAUCAACACUUGAAUCUGUGUUGUAUGGGCUCUGCUAGAUGUAUAAUAGUUGAUCUUGAGGUAAAAUAGAUGAAAGUGUCUUUUAUUAACUAUAGCUGAUUCUGAUUGAGAUUGAUUUUGUACUUAAACUUCUGUUAAUUUCUUUUGCAAGUUAUAAGAAUGA